AUGGCUCCAUUUCUACCGAGAUCCGAUAGGACUGGCCCGCCAACCCCAAUGGACCCGAGCGCUAUGCGCAAACGGCAAUUGUAUCCUUCCGACAAGCCAAUCCCUCGUGCGAUCCAACCAAGGCCAUCAGCAAGCACCGCAUCCUACAGCAGCGAAAGCGGAGCAUCGGCCCAGCUCUCCCCAAGACUAGACAUCAGCCCUGGCGAACCACCCCGUAAACGAGGACGUCCAAGCAAAGCCGAGACGGAGCGACGUAAGCUCUUAGCUGAAGCCCGUGGUGAAACCUACCCAGUUCCCCGGCGGUCAGGGUCUGACAGACUCAAAGUCCCUUCGCCAACCAGCCCCGCGGCAGGCCCAUCGUCUACACCAUUCCCGCCGGCACCCCAGUCUUUCUACGGACCCAAGCCAGGCCCAAAUCCAAUGCUCUACGGCACUUCAACCAUGCGCUCAGCAGUUCCACCCCCCGGUCCCGCGCCAACUGACGAGCGCCAAGCCCGUAACAUGCGCGAACUACCCCGGCUAUCAGAGAUGGGCCACCCCCUCCCUUCAGCACAUACCUUGCAACUAGGCCCCCCAGACGCAUUCCCUAGACUCAGCAAUCCAGCUGAGCGGCCCUACAGCUUUGCAGCUGACCGGUAUUCCCCGCCAGACGGUGGUCGGCGUGACUCGGUCACUAGUCGACCUGACCAGCCAACAGGACCGUACCCGGAAGGACGAAUGAGCACGACACCAGCCGAAAAACUUCCGCGAUGA